AUUCGGAGAGAAUCGCCGAAAACGAUACCGGAAUAAUAAUCGAAAAGUGAUAAUCGUAAAGCCACAAUGGAUGGGACGAAAAGCGAGCCGAGCAAGAGCGGGGCUGUGCAACGGGAGUGCGGUGGUUGCGGAGAGGUAAUUACGGAAAGGUAUCUUCUCAAAGUGUUGGACAUGUUCUGGCACGAGGAUUGCUUAAAGUGCAACAGUUGCAAUUGCAGACUCGUGGAAGCUGGUCCCUCGCUUUACAUAAAAUCUAAUCUGAUAUUGUGCAAGAAGGAUUAUUUAAAAUUGUUUGGACUCACUGGCCAUUGCGCGGCUUGUAACAAAACCAUCCCAGCCUUCGAGAUGGUGAUGAGGGCGAGGACGAACGUCUACCAUUUGGAGUGUUUUGCGUGUCAACAAUGUAACUACAGAUUCUGCGUGGGCGACAAAUUUUUCUUGUGCGAGAACAAAAUCCUGUGCGAGAGCGACUACGAGGAGAGGCUGGUUUUUGCCAACAUGGCGGUCCAUCCACCAUCGACCGCGACAUUGGCGCAGAUCAAGAGACAAGUGUUCCAUCUUCAACCGCAGAUCAUGUCACCCAAUCCGCAGAGGCAAGUGAACGGAGAGACGACUCAUAAUCACAAUGGCUACGCGCCCGCGAGCUCGAGCGCCCAUAAUAUCCUCAACUCCAUGAAUAAUUUAAACGGUAUCAAUGCACAGGCACCUUACGAUACCAAAUGACAAACGAAGUAAGCGUCUGCCAUCGAUCGUAUCAUCCAAACGCGUUGCCAAAUUCGUUUAACAAGAACACGGACGUCUUCUAUCGUCGUCGUCGUCGACAUUAUCAUCAUCAUCAUCGUCGUCGUCGUCGUCGUCAUCGUCAUCGCCGCUAUCGUAGUAACACUCGGAAUUCGUUCGUUCGUUAUUGGCGUCUGAAAAGUCUGUUCGAGAUUCGUUCGUCGAGACAACGAUGAAACGAAAAUUCGAUCCGUGACCAAUAUAACAAUACGAACGUUCGUUGAUUCGUUCCGCCUAGACACAUUUUCCAAUGGCAACUUCUAUUUCUCUAAAAAUCUAAUCUAGAUAAUACUCUGUUAAAUCGGUCCCUAUUACGUCAUAUUAUUUCCGAACAAAUUUCCUCCAAUCUUCGCAAUUUAUUAUUAUUAUUAUCAAUGACGUAAUAGGUUGCCCAAAAUCCUCAAGACUGUACGAGUCGACUGAACAUCACUGCGCGUGAUGCGCGUGAAAAACGGAUUGGUGCUGUUUUAGACGAAGUUUAAUCGCGUUCGAAUUUCGCGAGUUAUAAAUGUAUAGGAACGUAAAAAUCCGAGGAUUUGAAAGGACUGAGAGGGGUGGGAAAAAGUGGGCGGGAAGCGAGGGACGAAAAUGGGAGAUGAGAGAAGAAAGAGGUCGGGAAGGGGAAAGAAUGCGCGGGGUAAACGGAAUGCUCAGGGGUGAUCAAAGUUUGCCCGUACUUGUAGCCGACUUUGCUUGUCCGUUGCGGGCCACGCCGGUAAAUCUAGCUUUACCACUGGACCACUGGACGAGCAGCAAGAACCGGAGGUGGAAGGAAUCGAGCGAAAUUGGCAGAUCGAAUCGGUGGGUUCGCCGUCCAAAACCAGCGAGCCCAACCACCCCUUGGGGCUCAUACGUUAGGGGUGACUUAAGCAUUGUUUCAAGUUCGAAUCUCCCGGUAGAGGGCCAGAUUGAUGUCACGAACUUUUCCGUUGCCUUAUUUGCGAGUCAGAUAACGAGGCUGAGUUAUGCCGAAACUUCUCUCUUUUCUCUCGGAUCGGGCCGAAUAAGAUGUUUUAUUUCCCCGAUUCGAAGCGCGCCGCGGCCAAGAUUUGUCGGUGGCACGCCUCCGGGAAGAGUCUCGCGAUCCCUCGAACGAUAAUAGGCUUACGCCUGUCGGAUACGAUAAUAUUCCGGGAAACGAAUACUUUUCUCCUAGUUCUCCGCGAUAAAUAGAUUUGCUGCGAUGAAUCGUUCGACGAAUUAUUCUCCACCAUUAUUUCAAACGAUCGAAACUUUUCCAGCGUGAGACGAGAAAUUUGAAGGGGCGUCGAAGAAACGAUGCGUAAUUAAAAUCGAUAAAAAUUUUACUGAGAAAAACACGUAGGAAAAAUUAAGACGUGCUUUGACGAUCGUUCGAAGAAAUUUUUCCAUAAGGUCGUGUCGUCAAUCGCGAUCUCUAUUCGCAAGUUCGAUCUCUUGUCCACGCGAUUCUCCACUUUUCUCGCACGCCAGGAUGAAAGUAAUCGUUUUUUUUUUCUUUUUGCGAAACGAGCCUAUCAUCGUUCGCCAUUACAUCGUUUUUAUCGAAUUUUUACUAUUCGAAAAGAUUUCGUUCGAUAUUUUAUAAGCAUAACGAAUACUUCCACGAUACUCCACGAUUUUACGAUUGAGCGAAACGUAGUUCCUACCGUUUUAAGCGUCUCUGGGACGAAAAUUCAAAGAAGAAUAGAUAAAGAAGAAAAGAAACCCGUAUCGUUCGUCUCGUAUCGAUUAUCGAUCGAUCGUCCAAGGAAAAACUGGUAGAUUUACGAUUAAUAGCGACUGCGCUAGGCGAUCUCUAGUCAUCAUUAUCGUGUCACCCGCAUCAUCGAGUAUCUGCUCCAUCGUACGUAUCCAAACUGCUUAACGUCGUAAACGUUAAAGAAGAAAGAAGAAAAAUAAAAAAAAACACCUUAGUCCAUUUCGUCUUAAAUACGCUAUGUACGAUGCAUGUAAAAUCUUCGAACGAGAAUACGUAAGGAAGUGUGUACGUUCGCUAGUAUAGAUAUGUUUUGUAUCAUAGUUCUAUCCAUAGAAAUAUUAAUUAAAAUAAAAUUACUGUUUCGAUGUUAA